GGUGGCGCUUGAGCGAGCGGGACGGUUCCCUUGCUGAGAGGUCGCAACAGUUUCGCGCUGUAAAUUCCGUCUGUUCUUACAAUAUAGGGGGAAUAGCCGCAGGAACGGGGACCGUGUGAGUUGCAUUAUUGCCUAGCCUUAUUUUCCUCCGCGGACUGCUAGUAGGUGGACCAUACCGCAUGCCCUCAUGACUACGAAUUUUUCCCCCGUGGAGACGGAUGCCCCUCGUUCGCGUUUCCAGUUCCGAUCCGGUUGCAAGCUGUUGCUUAAUUUGUUCCGGGAUACGGAGAUCUCCCUACCCUUCACUCCAGAACCGCCUCUUACUCCAGGCUUGACUCAAGGUUACAGAGACAUUAGCACGUUAGCAGGGGGUACACCAAGACGCCGGCUAGAUCUAUCCAGCUUCAGUAACAUGGAAGAGGAAACUGCCUUCAAUUUCAGCAAGUCUCCAGGAACAUUGGAAGCUGGUCAGAAGGACUCAGCAGAACCCCAGGAUAAUCUAGACUCAAGGAGACAGUGUGCACAAUUGCUCCAGGCUGAGAUCCUGUGCAGCACGCCAGGUACUCCAGGUUGCAUCCACCGAGUUAAUUGGGAGAUCAACAGCCCUUCUAUGAACAAGGAGAAUGAGGGCCGCUUUUUUAAGUACCCAAGGUGGCAAAUGCCCAGGUCUUUGCUGUUCCAGAAGAGACCACUAGACCCACAGCUGACUCGCUGUGCUGCAAUGCUGGAAAGGGCGAAUCCAGAAGAGUAUGAGAUGAAGGAUCUGGGCAGCCCAAUUGCUGUAGUGGGAACCCAAAAAAUGAUGGAAGCCUUGGAUGGGUGUCCAGAGCUCUGCCUUGAAGAGCUGGAAGAGACUGAGAAACCACUUGUUGGCCACCUCUCCAGCAUCCUGCCUUCUGGACCCCUUCUUUCUCAGGAUGUCAAUGUCAGUGAGGUCUCCAUGAACAAGAACCGUCUCUUCCGAUCACCAUCACUGCCAGAGAAACUGAAUGGACCUGUGCUGAGGCAGACAGUCAAGAGCCAUGGUGAUGAAAAUCUCACGAAAGCAAAACGAAAACGCAGCCCAAAUCAAGAACAGCCAGAUUGGGUUGUGCCUUUGAAGAAAACAGCCUCUUUUUCUGAUAUGGAGAUUGUCAGAGCACUUGAUCAGGACUUCGGUCACAGGCAGCUAAUUGGAGAUUUCUCAAAUGUGUAUGCACUGCCAACAGUAACAGGAAGACACCAGGACCUGAGAUACAUCACCUCGCAGACUAUGGCUGCUCUGCUCCAUGAUCAGUUCCAGAGCCUUAUAGAGAAAUUCUGCAUCAUUGACUGUCGCUACCCAUAUGAGUAUCAUGGAGGGCACAUCAAGGGAGCUCUAAAUAUCCACAGGCAAGAUGAUCUUUUUGAGCUUUUACUGAGGAAGCCCCUUCUCCCAUCAACACCACAGAAGCGUCUUAUACUUGUGUUCCACUGUGAAUUUUCCUCUGAGAGAGGCCCCAAGAUGUGUCGUUAUUUGAGGGAAGAAGACCGAGCCAUGAAUGAGUAUCCUGCACUGCACUACCCAGAACUGUAUGUCCUUCAGGGAGGCUACAAGGACUUUUUUCUAGAGUACAAGGAGCUGUGUGAACCUCAGAACUACUGCCCUAUGCACCAUCAGGACUUCAAGGCAGAGAUGCUCAAGUUCCGUGUCAAAAGUAAGACAUGGGCAGGAGAACAGAAGAGAAGGGAUCAAAUUGCUCAUCUCAUGAAGCUGUGAGGUCAGAAGCAAUAACCAGGAGGGAUCCACCUGUAAAGGGGAGGCAAAGCCUUAGGUCUCUGUAACUGAUUCUGUACAGAGGCUAGGAAGGUGAGCAUGCCCAGGACCAAGUGGAUCUGGCCAUUAUGAUAAUAUGGAGAGCUCAGAAAUGGGGUACAUUGAUCCCACAAGCUUUGUUUGGAUAACAUUAUACCUGAAUGUGAAGUAUUGUAAUGGACGAUCCAGUAGAGUUGAUAACACUGUGAAAAAACAGUGUUUAGUUCACAGAGGAUGGCCAGCAUCCAGACUUUCCCCUGAGAUGCUUUCCAAUGUUAGCUGGCCAGAGUGUUGUGUAAGCCAGGUUCAAAGCCUAGCUGUCCGUGGGAGCCAAUAUUUAAUGUUGUGAUAGGGGUUUUUCACUUAAGUGUCUGUUUUUAA